AAGGAAGUGAAAACCAUAUAUGCAGCACCAAAGAUUAAGGAGUUUUCUUGGUCAACUCCUUCACUUGCAGAACAACAUCACAAGAAUGAUGGUGGGAUUUGGGUGUGCGUCUGGAUGAUGGGUGCAGCCUGUGAUUCUCACUAUGGCAUUUGUCCUUGUGAUGAGAGGAGGAGAAUGCAGGUGGCUCUGUACCUUGUCAAAGAGCCAACAAAUUACAUAAGGCACAAAGUCCUCAAGAAAGCAAUUGCAAAUGCGCCAAGGUUUAAAGCUCAGACACUUGAAUACGAAGAAGCAAGCAAUAAGAAGGCAAACAAGGGGUUAAGAGAUACCUAGUGUGCUCUAGAUUUUCAUCAUUCA